UAUCUCUGUCUCUAUCAUUGUCUGGAGACAUCAAAUCGGGAUCCAUUCGUGAAUUCUUAGAUUAUUGCUUUGUCUUUUCCAUGAUAAAUAUAAUAGUGAUUGGUUAUUAAGUACCCCUGCCUUAUUCUUUAUUCAGCAACAAGAAACCUUCGUGGGUUCUUUAUUUGUUUUUUAAUUUUUCUUUAAAGAGCGCAUCUUGAUAUAAUAAUCCCUGUUUCUGCCUUCUGUUUUUCUUUGUCUGUGAUGCAUUCUUCUGUUUUUUUCUUUGUUUUUUUGAGUGCCCAUUUGGCUUCUCAAGGUGCUAUUGAAAUACUAAGUUCAGCAUUUGUCUAGCUGGAUUGAAUUUUAGUGAUCUUGUUUGUUUGUUUUGGAUGGGAAUUGGAUGACCCUUCAAUCUUUCUAUUUUUCUAAUAAAGGAAUUAUCGUUGUGAAUUGUGUGCCACUUUCAGCAGUUUGGUUAUUUUUGUCUCUCUGGGCUUAUGUGAAUCUUCUGGCUUGAUUUGACAUGACUGGAUUGAUUCUACCUCUCUGUACUUAUCCACAUUGCUUUUGAGAGUUGAGUUUUUGUGGGUUUUUAUCUAAAUAUUUUUGGAAGGUUUUUUUUGUGUGGUGGAAAACAGUGUUAGUUUGCAUUGAAGUGUCGCACUGGAGGAGUGUAAUGUGUCUAUGGAAUGAAUUCGAUGAGAUCAUCUGCUGUUUUUUGGUCAUUUCUUUCUCAACAUGGCAAUUUCAUAUUUUUUUUCUGGAAUUUUCUUUGAUCAAUUUGUAUUUGAUUGUAAUUUUGCUCUGAGCUUGGAUCCACAUCAUGUUCUAAACUGGUUGGCUGGAAUAUUUGUAAUUUAUAAGCAUUUCAAAUGUCUCGGUUAACUGCCAGAGAUUAAAUAGAUUUUCUCAUUGUGUUGUGUAAUUUAGCUUCAAAAUAUUUACACUUUCGUGUUAUCUACCUGGUAAAAUGAAAAAGGUAGGUUCCUAGACUUGGACACUUGAUUUGUUUGUGGUUUGGAGAAUCUGGGAUCCUGGUUUGAUCGUCAUUGAUAACUGGGAGAGAGACGAUGGGACAGGCUUCGUCACCAGUUCUGAUUCUAUUAGCUUUUGGGUUUUUCUUUGCUACAUACAACUUAGUCACCAUGACAAUGCACAAUAGAUCUAUUGGGAAAUGGGUAUAUGACGAUUCGGAUGGUGAGGCAUUUUUCGAUCCACUUAUUGAAAUGCCUGAAGAGGUGAAGAAACCAAAGAAUGCCAGGAUGCCCUUCCAUGUUGCCUUAACAGCAACUGAUGCUCCCUACAGCAAAUGGCAGUGUCGCAUUAUGUACUACUGGUAUAAGAAGAACAGAGACCUGUAUGGGUCGGAGAUGGGAGGAUUUACACGGAUUUUGCACUCUGGAAAGCCUGACAACUUGAUGGAUGAGAUGCCUACAGUUGUGGUUGAUCCUCUUCCUGCAGGUCUCGAUCGGGGUUACAUCGUCCUAAAUAGACCAUGGGCCUUUGUGCAGUGGCUGGAAAAGACUACCAUUGAUGAAGAAUAUAUAUUAAUGGCAGAGCCUGAUCAUAUACCUGUGAAUCCCCUUCCAAAUCUAGCACGUGGAGGGUUGCCGGCUGCUUUUCCAUUUUUCUAUAUCGAACCUGCUAAAUUCGAAAAUAUCGUAAGGAAGUAUUAUCCAGAGGAGAAGGGUCCCGUGACAGAUAUCGAUCCAAUUGGCAACUCUCCUGUAAUUAUCAAGAAGGAACUUCUGGAAAAGAUAGCUCCUACAUGGAUGAAUGUUUCCUUGAAGAUGAAAAAUGACGAGGAGACUGAUAAAGCUUUUGGAUGGGUACUAGAAAUGUAUGCAUAUGCUGUAGCAGCAGCUUUGAAUGACGUGCAGCAUGUUCUUCGGAAAGAUUUUAUGCUGCAGCCCCCGUGGGAUCUGAGCACUAGGAAAUUUUUUAUCAUUCAUUAUACUUAUGGAUGUGACUACAACUUAAAGGGUCAGCUAACAUAUGGAAAAAUUGGAGAGUGGAGAUUUGACAAGAGAUCAUAUCUACGAGGGCCUCCACCAAAAAACCUCCCCUUGCCCCCUCCAGGGGUUCCAGAAAGUGUGGUUACCCUCGUAAAGAUGGUCAAUGAAGCUACUGCUAACAUUCCUAAUUGGGAUGCAGAGUAGCCGUCUGUCACGAUCCCCAUGGGAGGUUUGAUCCAUGGCCAUUUAGAGAUAUUGAUGUCUAGGAACCUCAGGUUAAUUAUUAUUUCUAAUAAAGGAAUUGAACAACACAAAAUGGAAAAUUAAGAAGGUUAUUUAGUAAGGAUUACAGCAUAUUUAGGAAA